GCCGGGCGGUGUCAGCUCGCCGUUGCCCGCCCUCGCCGCUGUCGCUCCUGGCGGGCGAGUAAGUCCACGAGCUGCGGUGGUAGCCGAGGCGCCUCCGGGCGGGAGGGGCUGAAGGUUUUAGAACAGAUGUUGGAAGAUGUUAGCUGUGGAUACUGGGAUUGUGGAGGAGUGGUUAUCGGAGUUCAAGACGCUGCCAGAAUCCUCCAUAUCCAGCUAUGCCACAAGCUUGAAAGACAAGAAUGCUUUGAUUUCAUCUCUUUACAAAGUAAUUCAGGACCCACACAGUGAACUCCUGGAGCCAGUUUGCCAUCAGCUUUUUGAGUUCUAUCGCAGUGGGGAGAAGCAAUUGCUACGAUUUACCCUGCAGUUUCUGCCGGAGUUGAUGUGGUGCUACCUUGCUGUCUCAGCCAGCAGAGAUUUGCAGAGCAGUGGAUGCAUAGAGGCUCUUCUCCUAGGAGUUUACAACUUGGAAAUAGUUGACGAAGAGGGACACAGUAAAGUGCUGAGUUUCACAAUUCCAUCUUUGUCCAAACCUUCAGUCUAUCAUGAACCUUCCAGCAUUGGCUCCAUGGCUCUCACUGAAGGAGCUUUAUCGCAGCAUGGUUUGUCCAGAGUCGUGUACAGUGGACCACAUCCUCAGAGGGAGAUGCUGACAGCACAGAACAGGUUUGAAGUGCUGACUUUCCUUCUGCUCUGUUACAACGCUGCCUUAACCUACAUGCCUGCGGUUUCUCUUCAGUCCUUGUGUCAGAUUUGUUCAAGGAUUUGUGUCUGUGGAUAUCCCCGCCAACAAGUGAGAAAGUACAAGGGAGUUAACAGCAGGAUUCCAGUGUCAUCUGAAUUCAUGGUACAAAUGCUAACAGGGAUUUAUUAUGCCUUUUAUAAUGGAGAAUGGGAUCUGGCUCGUAAAGCUAUGGAUGACAUUUUGUAUAGAGCACAGCUGGAGCUAUAUCCAGAACCUCUGCUGGUUGCUAAUGCAAUAAAAGCUUCACUGCCUCAGGGUGCCAUGAAAUCUAGCAAAGAAGGUACAAGGUGCAUUCAGGUUGAAAUUACACCCACUUCAUCCAGAAUAUCAAGAAAUGCUGUGACUAGCAUGUCUAUCCGAGGGCACAGAUGGAAAAGGCAUGGGAAUUCUGAAUUAGCAAUUCAAGAAGAGCUGAUGGAAGUAUCUGAAACCGAUGAAGGGUUUUACUCUAGGGCUACUUCUAGUACAAGUCAGUCUGCUCUAUGUAACAGCAGCAAUGUGAGCAGUAAGAACCUUUUAGGGAAGAGCCAACGGAGGUCUGGAGGAAGCAAAGCUGGAGGAAAAGAAAAAGAAGGAGAAACCUGCAGGGAACACUUGUCAAGGAAACAAACUCAGAGAGCCAUGAGUGAGAACCUAGAGCUUGUCUCUCUGAAGAGACUGACACUGACAACCAGCCAGUCCCUGCCUAAGCCUAGCGGCCAUGGUCUGGCCAGAACAACCACCACUGUGUUUAGUAAAUCCUUUGAACAGGUCAGCGGUGUCACAGCUCCAAAUAAUCGUGGUGGUGUGUCUGGCACAGAGUCCAACAGGUUUUCAGCUUGCAGUCUUCAGGAGGAAAAACUGAUAUAUGGAACAGAAAGAACAGAUCUACCUGUUUUAAGCAAACAGCCAAACCAGCAGCGACCUCCUAGUAUUAGCAUAACCUUGUCAACAGAUUGAUAGUAAAUUGGCAAGUAUGUGAAAAACAAAAUACUAAAGGUUUAUACUUAUAUUGGUACAUUGGGACAUUAAGCUCCUAAACAUGCUAUACAUUAUUUCCUUAAACCUCAAGCCCAUAAAUUCUUAUUUGGGUCAUAGUGAGUAGACAACAGCUGUAACUAUUUUGCAUCAGCUUCUAAUAGCUCGGAAAGUUCCUCCUUGACUUAGUGUGCUUAUACAGGUGAUUGCUGACAGCUUCAGGGGAAGCUUACAGCUUCACCAGUUUAACAAGCAUUGAUCAGUUGCUUAGCCACUGACCAAGGUGUGUGGGUUUUACAAGUGCACAGUAUGGGAUCAAACAGAACCUCUUCCCAGAUCCUGCUUUUUCACUGCCAAUGUGGCAUAGGCAAAACUGCAAGCACUUGUGUUAUUGAAGAGGAGUCUCACGGUAUGGGCAUGAACUUUUGGAACAGCAUCGGAAGAACAAAGAUUCUCUCCUGUUAGCCAGGAGAAAGCUGUGCUUAUGUGUAAGGUUAAAUCUAGAAGCAUCAGUUAACUGUUUGAUGUUAUGGCAGUUUUUGUAAUGGUAGUUAGUCCAUGUUGCAAUGUUGAUACUUCUUCAAGCCUGUAUGAGUCUGAAUUAUAGAUGUAUCUCAGUUUUUCUGUGUCUUUGAAACAGGGCCAAAAGCCAUACAUGAGCAGUACUUGUGAAUGGGAGUUCCUGUCACUUGCUCUAGGAAUCCCUCUUCAGACUUACAGAUUGUGUGGCAGACUGGUUUUUGCUCAGAUUCUUAUGCACCAGGCACAAAGCUACUCAUUGGAAAGUCCCUGUCAUCAGUGGUUCUAUUUGUGGAAAAGAGAUGUGCUUAUGUCACAGAGUUGUGUGGGAAAGAAGAGACGAGCCCUUUGCACUGACUCAAGCAAAUCAUGAGUGUAAACCUUUUCAGCAUAAACCUCUUACUUGAGACUAAGAGAAUGCUACCAAAGGAUGUGUACUUUCAGCAACUUGCAAGCACAAAGGGAAAUGACAAUGUAAAUAUAACUAGCACUGAGAUUCCUAGUCUUUUAUACCUAUUAUUUUUCUAGGUUGGAAUUCUAAACCAGCAGUCUGUUCAAGGUUGCCUAACCUUUAACCUUCAGGUAGUUGGGUGACCUGGUAUGAUACCAACUUUUAUAAUGUUAAGAUUUUUAAUUAAAAAAAAAAAAAGAGAGAUGAGAAAUUCUAAUGCAGAAAUCUGGAGAGGCUGACAAAACCACUCCAGUGGUUAGCUGAUAAGCAGACACAAUAACAGUGAAUGGAGAAAUAGGAUAAAGAUCUGAGGUGCUCCCAGUCAUUCCCAACUGUCCACAGUUUUCUGCAGCCAGUGAUUGUCAAGAACCUUGUAACAAAAACACUAAAAUUCUGGCAGGCUUUGCCCAAGUUCUCAAAAUGCAGGUAUCUCUUUUUGACUUCAAACUGAAGCACAAGGAACCUUUAAGCAGCUAACGUGAUUCAGGUUCGAGCUGGUUGGUUAAUGAAAAGAGAUGAGGCGACGUAGUUGAUGUUGUGUUAAUUCUCCUUGUUAGACUGCAGACUAGCUGUGUGCAUUUCUGAAUGCUCCCCAGGGCACGUGGAACAGCUGCACCAGUCAACAAAUGAUUGUCUUCUCCUGAGAGCCUGAGUUGAAAUGAAAAGUGCCACACUUUCUCGCCUCCUUCAGUUUGUGGUGUGACACUGUUCUAGUCUCGUAAUGCAGUAUUUCACUCUUUUUUACAGUGAGGUGUUUUCUUAAUUGUUCAUGGAAACUUAACAUUCCUAAUGUAUAAACUACAAGUUGGUCCUG